UUGGAAGUGGAGCUAUCGGGGGAACACUACCUUCCGCAGGUUUUGCAGGAUCUACUGCACCAAAUCCUAAGAUUGGGGCUCGUGUAAAUGAGCUCAUAGGCCAAAAAUUACACGGUUUCGUGCCGCCUUCAAAUAUGGGAUCAGCUGCGGCGCCAGGUGGAGGAGGAAUUCUAGGAUCACCUACGGCUACGUCUAGUGCUGGAUCUGGUGGAGUAAUUCAUCAUCAUCCCGCCACGUCCUCACAAUUUUUUAGUACGUCGUCAUCAGCAACUACUUCAAGCAAAACAUCAGCGCAACCGCAACAACCGAUUGCGAACGCUGUUGAUCCGUUGGAUGGAGCUUCCCUCGCCAAACACAGCGAGCAUUUGCUAAAUUAUUUCCGGAACAUUGUGGAGAGCGCCUUUUCCCCUGAGUUCCAGGCAUGGUUUCCGCCAUCAGAGGUCUUAAUGACGUCGUCUGGGAAUAUGAUUGAGUGGAAGUGCCAAGACGUGAUUCAAUUGGCCUACGAAAUCCGAAGACAGGCGCUUGGGCAGCUGAUGCUGAUUCGUGAGGAAUUCGAGGCACUGGUGGAGCAGUGGCCGGCGAACGCGCCAGCGCUGAACAUGUACUGGGUGCCAGGCGUCGUGACAAAUCGGGUGUCAUCCCUGAUGGGGGGCGUGGUCGCGUUCGUGUCCGCCUUGUUUCACCUGCGGCCGGAGUGUGUGCCCAGGGUCUUCAAAGAUCAGAUGCUGCUUCUGUUGUAUAACUGUUACGGCCAGGAGAGGCUGAUGAGUAGUUGUCGUAUGAUGAAGAUUUCCAAUAUGUUGCCGAGACAUGAUUUCCAAGUAGCGGAGAUACACCGAGACAUGCUUUCCAAUAUGCCGAGACAUGCUUUCCAAUAUGACCGAUACAGGUGGACUUUCCGAGUAAGGGUAACGUAAUCAACAGGUAGUUGAAGGUGAAGAAGGACUCCAAAAAUUUUUUCUCGACUCUAAGAGGAGGACAGUUUGCACCAUUCCGGUUUGAUGCAGCAAUAUUUCUGGAGCUUUCACUACCAUUCGCACUCCUACCUCCUGGACCAUCCCGCUCGGCCCGCGGAGGCCGACAUUGCGUACAUGGGCUCGAUGCUGUCCCAGACGCAAGCGAUGCUGGAGAGAGACCUGCAGGUGAGCUUCGACGCGGUGAAGUAUUUUGUCGCGAGCGGAGAGAUAACAGAUCCAGCGAUUAAUCUGAUAGCGGUGAACGAGCUGGAGAAAUACGGCGAUAACAUAGACUCCGAGGGCAAGUUUACGUCGUUCGAGAUCCUCUACCGGAACAUUUUCAAGCGUUGGUAUUUGGAUCGUGGUCUGGUACAAGAAUUUGCGCGCUUCAUCGCAGGAGAACCUGGCGCAGUGGGCUCUCACGUCCUAGAUUUGGGCGCUGGGGGCGGGCACUACACCACGGCACUCAACCAAACCGGACUCGUGACAGCUUCGGGGUACGACGCCACUGUCAAUCUGCUUCCGAUUGAGGUGGAUUUGGCCAAGGAGCUAGCUGAGUUCACUCAUGGGAAAGUGAACUUCUUCGACGUUGCCAAGGAGAUUCCCAAACGGAGUGACGGAAAGCCGAGUAUGACGCCUGCGGACUACGUAUUUUGUCUGGAAGUGGCCGAACACAUCCCAGCAGGUGCCUCUGCGUCUCUUUUUCUCGAGAAUCUGAACUACCUGGCAACCAAAGGCAUGGUGAUAUCUUGGGCCGGCAAAGAACUGUGUGGUCUUGGAUGGGGACACGUCAAUUGCCUCGACAUGGACGUCAAGGACUUCAUUGAGGCGCGCACUGACUUCCUUUUUGACGCCAACGUGACGGAGAAACUUCGUAGCCGGUCGGAAAUUUCAUGGAUUCAGAAAUCUGUCAGUUUCUUCCGGAAAAAAGGAGAACUACUUCAUCUUGCAGAAGUUGUACAUAAAGUAGAAGAACAAGUAGACCAGACGGGAGGCGCAGAGAUGACAGCAGCAGCCCAGUACUAUGAGAAAGUUGCGUCUAUUCGCGCAAAAGCUGAAGAAAUGAAGCCGACAGAGGAGACGAAGCAUCAGAAGGAUCGGGAAAAGUACACACAAAUGAUACUGAACGCACCCGUUCCGACCGUGUUCCCGCGACAACAUGCUCCGAUGGGGACAACAGAGGGCUGGGUAUCAGCACCAGGCGGCAAGAACACGCCUUCCGGAAUGCCUACAACAACAACGGUGGCAUUCUCUCCUCCUGCUGCUGCACCACAACAGUCCGCAGGAAUGCUAUCAACUGGUGGUCUCGGGACAGGGCAGCGACCUUCUGGAGCGAGUGUUCCUCCCUUUCCAUCCGUGAACCUCGCGAGUGUAGGCACUUCUGCUUCUACUAGUGUUCCGAACAACAACAACAUCAGAAUAAUGCCUCAACAACAGCAACAUCAGCAGUCCUCUUCCUCCAUCGACCAACAGCAGCAUCCUAAACUGAUUGAUUUGCGGAAUGUUGCUUCUCAGGCUUCCACCCAGUCACAGCAAACACAGGCAAAAUUUGCUGGUGUGUCGCCAUCCAUGAUUGCGGACUACGAGGCUCAGGGAGGAAUGGGCAAGAAGAUCGAGAACACGAUCCACGACGCUCGCGCAGCAAUUCAACGCGGCAUCCUAGAACUCGAUGCUAUCAACGAACAUUAAGGCCUGAGGAAAUCCAUCUGCCUCGGCAUCUAUCUUGCUCCUGUUUUGAAGGGAAAAAGGGCGCGAAGAUGCUCACCAAGUUGGAUUUCUGCAAGUUCUAAGAACAACAUCGAAGUCGGCGGCCGACUGGUGAGCCAGCUCCCGACCUGCUGAACUACGAAAAAGUCUUCGAUGCUCUAGAACGCGACUACGCCUCCUCAGAAGCACGAAAAACUCUAGGUCUUCAUCCUCGUGAUAUCAAGCCUGUUGAUGGUGGACAGAGGAGCGAGUUGUAGCGGGAAAAUGCUGGAAAAGAUCAAAACAUGAGGAGGACACUAUCUUAUUCAUGUGAUCGUUCUGUAUUUGCAGUUGCACGCAAGUACGGUCCCCGAACAUGCGCUAGUAGUACAACGAGAACUGGUUCUUGUUGUGAUCUGUAUUUGCACGCAAGUACGGUCCCCGAACAUGCGCUAGUAGUACAACGAGAACUGGUUCUUGUUGUGAUCACCUCCUAACGGUCAAUAGAUCCAGAAUUUGUCAAUCUACACCUAAUGAUGCAUGAUGAGAAUUGGAAUUUGUGAGUCAAACACCGAGAAGGAGACCCAUUUGUUAAACCGCUACACAUAGUCGAGAAACAAACAACGUGAUAGAUACCAUCUUCGGCUUCGUCUCUGGUUCUUUAUCUUUUCAUAAUCCGAUCUUUAAAUCGCGACGCUGAAAGUAGGAGGUCAACACCAGCAGUUAUAUUUAGGAAAUACCUUCCGGCGUCGUCCAGCAGUCCGGCUUGGGUCCUCAUCUCCAGAGAUAAGCG